AUGGUGACCUUCAACUUCAAGGACUCAUCCAAUCCACCCUUAGCCGAUCACUACGUCAAACUCACAACCUCAAAAACUAAUUCAUAUCAAGAAACCGGGCUAAGGUUAUCGCGACAAGAAAGCAAACCAGAUGAGUCGGAAGAGCUGCCAUUGAUAGACCUAAGUGGGCUGGCGAGCGCAGAUGAAGAAGAGAGAGCCAAAUGCGCUAGCAAAAUAGCGUCAGCCUCGACUGAAUGGGGGUUCUUCCAAGUGGUGAAUCAUGGGGUGAGCCCAAAACUCCUUAGCCAAAUGAGAAGAGAGCAAGUGAAGCUUUUCAAUGAAUCUUUCUCAUGGAAAUCUACUUGUCGGCUCCUCAAUAACUCGUAUCGUUGGGGGACACCUACAGCCACCUCUCCAGAGCAAUUCUCCUGGUCGGAAGCCUUUCACAUGCCGCUCAAUAAGGUCUCCGAUCCAGCAUGCUAUGGAGAGGAGCUCUCCUCGAUGAGGGAAGUGGUGAUGGAAUAUGCAGAAGCAAUGCAGAGAGUGGCGAAAUUGGUAGCAGAAGUUCUGAUCACAAACUUGGGACAAAAAAUGGAGGCAUUUGAGGAGCAAAUAAGGUGCGAUGAACAAACCUGUUAUCUUCGAAUGAAUCGUUAUCCAGCUGCAUCAGGAAGCGGAGGAUCGCCAUUGAUAUCACAAGAAAGAAUAAUCCAUGGACUGGUUCCCCACACAGACAGUGACUUUCUUACAAUACUUCACCAAGACCAAGUUGGGGGGCUUCACCUCAUCAAAGACUCCAAAUGGGUAGCUGUCAAACCUGUCCAGAAUGCACUCAUUGUCAACCUUGGUGAUCUUUUUCAGGCAUGGAGCAAUGACCUGUACAAGAGUGUGGAGCACAGAGUGAUCGCCAAUCCCAACAUGGAAAGAUUCUCAGUGGCCUAUUUCCUAUGCCCUUCACAUGAUUCAGUGAUUGGGAGCUGCUGCAAUCACCCUUCUGUUUAUAAAAGCUUUACCUUUGGAGAAUACAGAAGAAAAGUUCAAGAAGAUUCUAGAAUUUUUGGCCGUAAAGUGGGCCUUUCCAGAUUCCUCAGAUAAACAUA